AGUCCAAUCAAUACUACUUAGAUGCCGCCGAUGCCGACACAUCGCGGCAUCACCACUAAUGCGCCCUGCGGAUGACACCUCAACAAGCCACAGUGCUUAUCAGGAUGAACGCCGACGGCAACAACGUCAAUGGAUGAGCCUCGUCACCAGAACAUGCCACCAAGGAAUUAUAUCUAGCAACACAAGCUACAUAACCUAAAGCUCGAACAAAGGACUUCGAUUAACUGACUUUACAUACCACGAAAACGUUCCUUAAGGUUCACUUCACAAGCUAUCAACAUGUCUUUCUCGAUAGGCAUGCCUUGGAAUAAGGGCGAAGAGAAGAUGCACCGCCUCCUCCGCGUUCCCCCUCAAGACAACCCGACUUCUGCCAUGCUCACACCACAAGCUGCCUUCAUGUUCCAACGCGCUCCUCUGCUCGCAUUUGGGACUUUGGAUGCGGAAGAGAAACCUUGGACGGCACUAUGGGGUGGCGAACCUGGUUUCUCCGAGCCGCUUGGUGGAGGUUUUGUCGGUACGCGUACUCUUGUCGACGGCAAGCACGAUCCUGUUGUACAAGCCGUGGUGGGCAGUGGUGAGAAGAGAGAUAUGAGUCGAACGAAAGACGGGAAGUUAGUAGCAGGUCUAGCCAUCGAUCUGAUGACGAGGAAGAGAGUCAAGACUGCUGGACACAUGAUCGCAGGGACGAUUAAAGACGUCGAUGUUGAAGUAGAGGGCGAGGAAAACAGGAAGCAGACACAGCUUCAACUCGUCACCAAGAUCGAACAAAGCCUAGGAAAUUGCCCAAAGUAUCUCAACCAAUACGAUAUCCGACCCGCGCUCGUAAUGCCAGAACUAGUAUCGCAAGCCUCAUCGUUGUCUGAAGAAGGAACAGCGCUGAUAUCCAAAUCCGACAUGUUCUUCCUCUCCACCUGCGCAGAAGACGACAUGGACGUCAAUCACCGCGGCGGUCCCCCCGGUUUCGUCCGCAUAAUCUCCCCAAAGACGAUUGCCUACCCCGAAUACUCUGGGAACCGGCUCUACCAAUCCCUCGGAAACCUGAUGCUCAACCCAAGAAUCGGUAUCACAUUCCCUGACUACGAAACCGGCGACGUCCUGUACAUAACCGGCGCGACCGAAAUCCUCGCCGGCACAGACGCCUCCGCCCUCCUCCCAGGCAGCAACUUAGCCGUCCAGAUAAGGAUCUCGGAAUGCCGUUACGUAAAGACUGGUCUGCCCUUCCGCGGCACGAAGAAAACACCAAGCCCAUACAACCCACUCGUCCGCACCCUCGCUACAGAAGGCAACAUCCGCGCCGCACUAUCCUCCGCCACCUCCACCCCUCGCCAAACAGCCCUUCUCACAAAGAAAGAGCUACUCACACCCAGCGUCGCGCGCUUCACUUUCUCCGUCUCCGACGGCCUGACGUACCGACCUGGCCAAUGGAUCGCCCUUGACUUCAGUCGAGAGCUUGAUGUAGGAUAUGAGCAUAUGCGGGAUGAGGAUCCGGGGAGUCUAAAUGAUGAUUUCGUUAGGACGUUUACGAUUUCCUCUACCCCUACUGCAGGAGACGGGGGUAAAGAAAAGGAGUUUGAGAUUACUAUUAGGAAAGUCGGGACUGUGACUGGGUUUCUGUUCCAGCAGAAUGAGCGGGCGGGGUUGGAGGUUGGUGUUUUGGGUGUGGGUGGGGAGUUUAAAGUCGAGAACACAGGGCAGGGUGAAUCGGUUUUUGUGGCUGGGGGUGUGGGUGUUACGCCCCUAUUCGGUCAGGUUGGUGCGCUGGAUUUGGCAAAUGGUGGGUUCAUGUUACUUUGGGCGGUACGGGGAGAUGAUAUAGGGUUGGUGAGGGAUACGUUUAAGCGGUAUCCUGGGCUGGGGAAGUGUACAAAGGUGUUUUUGACUGGAAUGGCUGUGGAGGGUGAGCUUGCUAAGACGAGAGAUGAGGUAAAGGCGGAGGCGGAGGUGGUUGACAGGAGGAUGGUUAAGGGCGAUUUGCAGGAUGUAAAGGCUGAUACGUGGUAUGUGUGUGCUGGGAAGGCGAUGAGGAAGGAGGUCACGGGGUGGCUUGAAGGGCAGAAAGUGGUCUUUGAAGACUUCGAUUACUAGGAACAUCGACACGAUUGAAUUGAUGUAUUGCUGCUCAUUGAAUGGUUUGAACUCGCGG